GAAUCAAACGGGGCCUAAAUGUUUAGUUAACAAGCCAGGAACUUGUAGCUCAAAUGGUCAUUUACCACUGCACGCAAGGCCCUACGAUUCCCCAUUCCCCAAUAUCAAUUGUUAAUAAAUAAAAAAAACUUAAUAAAUAGAAAAUUAAUAAUAAAAAUGGAAGCCCAGUUGUCUGAUCAAAAUACUCAAAAGGCCCGAGAAUAUGAGCCCCAGUCCAGUGCUUUUGAAACAGCCCAAUCUAGACAAGACUAUAUAUACCGGCCCAUAACGUUUUCAUCUAAGAGUGAAAUCGGACCUGCCACCUGUGACGGGAUGGGGAUCCUCACAGACUCACAGAACAAGAGAAGCCCCUCUUCUUCUUCAACAUCACCCUGUGCUAAUCUCAGAGCUGCUUACCACAAUUGUUUCAGCAGGUGGUAUUCAGAGAAGUUUGUAAAGGGUCAAUGGGACAAAGAAGAAUGCGUUUCAGAAUGGCAGAAAUACAAAGCUUGCCUCUCUCAACAUUUGGAAGAUAAACAGUUGAGUCGCUUCUUGGAGGCUGAAGGGCCUGUGAGCUCCACCAUUGAAGUUGCUUCCUCCAGAACAACCAAAACCGAUGACGCUCCGACUGGUUCUUCUCAGUAGUUUUGGAUUUCGUUUAUGUUAGAACUUGCUUUGUUCAAAGAGCAAAUUGUUUGACGUCUAGAGUGUACUUUUGCUGAGCUAGUUAAUCAACACGAUAAUAUCAUUUGAAGGGU